GAAGCACAAGAUCAUAUUUCUCAUCUUUUGCCCUUUUGCAGAAUGGACCAAGAAAAAAGAAAAAGCAAGUAAAGGGAAGGUUGCUCAUGGUCAUGGAUCUUUUUCUUUAGAAGAAUGGACAAGAGCAAUCAUUCACACAACCAUUUCCCUACCUUUAAUCAUCAUAUAUACUCCCUCUGUCCUAAUCACCCCAACAUAUAAUAAUCAAUAACAUUAACACACUCUCUAUAAUCAUAAUCAUGUCACAUGAAAAUCCAUCCCACCCUAUCAAUAUCAACAUCCUAAACUCGAAUCACUUCCACUCACUCUAGUUUUCAAACACACACCAACGUUGUCUGUCUCCACUUCACUUCCCGCCCUAGGACAAACAAACAUGAAGGAGGUUCCUCACCAUGCAUUCUUCACGAUGUUGUUUUUGUUUCUCUUACCAUUCCUCACGUGGAGCCUCCACCACAACGACACUCACGCGCUCACCCUCUUCCGCCGCGGGAGCGACCUCCACGGCCACCUCCUCAGCAACUGGACCGGCGGCGACGCCUGCUCCGGCGCGUGGCGGGGCGUGCGGUGCUCCCCGAACGGGCGCGUGACGGCCCUCUCCCUCCCCUCCCUGAACCUCCGCGGCCCCCUCGACGCUCUCGCCGCCCUCACCCACCUCCGCCUCCUCGACCUCCACGACAACCGCCUCAACGCCACCGUCUCGCCCCUCCUCGCCAACUGCACGAACCUCCGCCUCCUCUACCUCGGCGCCAACGACCUCUCCGGCGAGAUCCCGCCGCAGAUCUCCUCCCUCGGGUCCCUCCUCCGCCUCGACCUCUCCGACAACAACAUCCGCGGCAACGUGGAUUCCCUCGCCAACUUAACGCACCUCAUAACGCUGAGACUCCAAAACAACCUUCUCUCGGGACAAAUCCCCGACCUCUCUUCCUCCAUGAAAAGCCUCACGCAACUCAACAUGACAAACAACGAGUUCUACGGUCGUUUACCAAACCCCAUGCUAAAGAAAUUCGGCUAUGCAACCUUCUCCGGUAACGAGGGUUUAUGCGGUGCUACACCCUUUCCUGUUUGUUCCUUCACCCCAAACCCUAGUGAUAGUAAUAAUGAUAAUGAUAAUGAUAAUGAACCGGAUGAAACGGUUCCCUCAAACCCUAGUUCUUUUCCGGAAACAAGCGUGAUUGCUCGACCGGGGAAAGAGGGUCCACGUAAGGGGUUGGGUCCUGGUGCAAUUGUGGCGAUCGUGGUGGCGAACUGUGUGGCGCUGUUGGUGGUGACUUCUUUCGUGGUGGCGCAUUGCUGUGCGAGGGGGAGAGGGUCGAGUUUGGUGGGGAGUGGGGAGAGUUAUGGGAAGAGGAAGAGUGGGAGCAGCUACGGUGGUGGGAGUGAGAAGAAGGUUUACGCGAGUGGUGAGAGUGAUGGGACUAGUGGGACUGAUAGGAGUAGGCUUGUGUUUUUUGAUCGGAGGAGUGAGUUUGAGUUGGAGGAUCUGCUGCGUGCGUCCGCAGAGAUGCUUGGGAAGGGAAGCUUGGGGACGGUGUAUAGGGCGGUGCUUGAUGAUGGCUGCACCGUCGCGGUCAAGAGGCUCAAGGACGCCAACCCUUGCGCCAGGCAUGAGUUUGAACAGUAUAUGGAUGUCAUUGGGAAGCUUAAGCACCCCAAUGUUGUCAGACUCAAAGCUUAUUACUAUGCCAAGGAGGAGAAGCUUCUUGUCUAUGAUUAUCUCUCCAACGGAAGCUUGCAUGCUCUUCUUCAUGGGAACCGUGGUCCGGGGAGAAUUCCGUUGGAUUGGACUACAAGAAUAAGCUUGGUGUUGGGGGCAGCGAGAGGUCUUGGUAAGAUUCAUGGAGAGUACAGUGCAGCUAAAGUGCCUCAUGGGAACGUGAAAUCUUCCAACGUGCUUCUGGACAAGAACGGCGUUGCAUGCAUCUCUGACUUCGGCUUAUCACUGUUGUUGAACCCGGUUCACGCCAUUGCGCGAUUGGGGGGGUACAGGGCCCCAGAACAGGAGCAACAGAAGAGGUUGUCGCAGCAGGCUGACGUGUACAGUUUCGGCGUGUUGCUGUUGGAGGUUCUCACGGGGAGGGCUCCUUCGUCGCAGUAUCCUUCACCGGCUCGUCCAAGAAUGGAGGAAGAGGAACAAGCGGUGGUGGACCUUCCCAAGUGGGUUCGCUCCGUUGUGAAGGAGGAGUGGACUGCGGAGGUGUUUGACCAAGAGCUUUUGCGGUAUAAGAACAUUGAGGAGGAGCUUGUGUCCAUGCUCCAUGUUGGGUUGGCUUGUGUGGUGCCGCAGCCUGAGAAGAGGCCAACCAUGGAUGAAGUUGUCAAGAUGAUUGAGGAUAUCAGGGUGGAGCAAUCGCCUCUUGGGGAGGACUAUGAUGAAUCCCGCAAUUCGCUUUCGCCUUCCAUUCCCACCACUGAAGAUGGUCUAGCGUAGGAGUGCUAAUGUUGGUAUAUAUAAGAUUAAUUUAUGUCAUAUAUUCCACUGCAGUUAUUAGCUCCUCUUCUAGUUGCAUUGUCUCUAUGCUCAUUGUUUUAAGUGUUCUUUGUAAAAUUUGUGAGUUUUGUGGAAUUCCAUUGAAUGAACGCAGCACAAGUAUUCUCUAGUUGAAUUGUACUACAAUGUACAUUUGAAGUUU